GCAUACGUUUCUCUUUCUUUCUUGAUUUCUUCCAUUUUAGAUACUAAUCACUUCCCUUUCCCUUUCCUCUUUUGAUCCAUCAUUUCGUCUUCAGCUUCAGCUAUGAAUUAUCAGCUCCAAGUUUGAAACUUGAACUUCAAACACACUUCACUCAUGAAGAAUGGGGCCAAAGCUUCCAUUGACCCACUUCAGAAUAACACCCACUUAUCUUGUUUUUUCAUCCCGCAAAGAUUUCCAUGGAUACCAUAAGUAUUCCCCAAGAAUAUUCUCAGAGCAGAGAUUUCCCUUCAAGUUCACGCCUCAGUCUUUGGGGGAUAAACUCAAGCUCAAUGACAUAACUCCCAAUUCUAUACAAGAGAGGUUGAAUGCAUUGGUAUCAAGGACCCAGAAUUUCUUAAAUGAAGUGGCUUCUCCCCUUGCAAAGCCUGGUCAAAAUAGGAAGCCUUCUCAUGAAAAUGAACUCGGGUUUCAAGUAAUGGAAGACAUAUUAAUGGUAGAGGAGACAAUAGAACGCAAAACCCGAUAUGGGGUUCUAUCUCUAGCUGCUGUUAUAUGUAUUGAGCAAUUCAGCAGGAUGAAUGGAUUGACUGGGAAGAAGAUGCAAAAAAUUUUUGAAGCACUUGUCCCGGAAUCUGUAUGUGGUGAUGCCCGUAACUUGGUUGAAUACUGCUGCUUUAGAUUCUUGUCAAGAGAUGGUGCUAAUAUUCAUCCUUCCCUUAAGGAUCCUGCAUUCCAAAGGCUGAUAUUCAUAACCAUGCUUGCUUGGGAAAAUCCUUACACCAAUGACCUUUCCAACAACUCAGAGAAGGCUUCCUUACAGAGUAAACUUGUCACUGAAGAAGCUUUUGUUCGUAUUGCUCCUGCAGUCUCUGGUGUGGUUGAUCGACCUGUAGUGCAUAAUCUUUUUAAGGCUCUUGCUAAAGAUCAAUCUGGAAUUUCUUUGAGCUCAUGGCUGACUUACAUUAAUGAAUUUAUCAAAGUGCGUGAAGGAAAGAGGUCAUAUCAGAUUCCAGAGUUCCCUCAAAUUUUAGGGGAGAGAAUUUUAUGCAUUGGUUCCAACAGUAAGCAACCUGUUCUGAAAUGGGAGGGUAAUAUGGCAUGGCCAGGCAAACUCACUCUUACUGAUAAAGCAAUAUAUUUUGAGGCAGUUGGCUUGCUGGGAGAGAAGAGAGCCAUGAGAAUGGAUCUUACACAUCAAGGAUUAAAGGUAGAGAAGGCAAAGGUUGGGCCUUUAGGGUCUGCACUUUUUGACUCUGCUGUUUCCAUUUCUUCUGUCUCAGAGCCAAAUAGCUGGAUACUGGAAUUCAUUGACUUGGGAGGUGAAAUGAGGAGAGAUGUUUGGCAUGCUUUGAUAAGUGAAAUUAUAGCGUUACACAAGUUCACACAUGAAUAUGGACCUGAUGAUUCUGACGAGUCAUUGUUUCAUGUAUACGGGGCUCACAAAGGAAAGGAAAAAGCAACAACCAGUGCCAUUAAUGGUAUAGCUAGACUCCAGGCGCUUCAAUGUAUGAGGAAGUUGCUUGAAGAUCCCAUCAAGCUUGUUCAGUUUUCUUAUUUACGGAAUGCUCCACAUAGUGACCUCGUCCUUCAGACUUUAGCUGUUAACUAUUGGGGAGGCCCACUGGUUACAGGAUUUGUGAAUACCCGCAAUCAGCCAGAGACUCAAUCCUCUGAAGAAAUGUCUGAUGGCAGCAAUAGCAUCAACCAUGUUUUUGACAUAGAUGGAAGUGUCUACUUACGGAAGUGGAUGAAAUCUCCAUCUUGGGCAUCUAGUAAUUCCAUUAAUUUCUGGAAGAAUACUUCAACCAAAGGCUUAAUAUUAAGUAAGAAUCUUGUUGUGGCUGAUAUGUCGCUUAUAGAAAGAGCAGCAGAAAUAAGUAAACAGAAAUACCGGGUUGAGGAGAAAACUCAAGCCACCAUUGAUGCUGCAACUCUACAAGGAAUACCCAGCAAUGUUGAUCUCUUUAAGGAGCUAUUUUUCCCCUUCACUCUAACUGUCAGAAACUUUGAAAAGCUCAGGCGCUGGGAGGAGCCACCAUUGACAGUUGCAUUUCUCUCUCUUACCUAUACAAUAAUCUUUAGAAACUUGCUGUCAUAUGUGUUCCCCAUGAUGCUGAUGAUUUUGGCAGUUGGAAUGUUGACAAUUAGGGGCCUUAAGGAGCAAGGUCGCCUUGGACGAUCGUUCGGUAAAGUAACAAUACGUGAUCAGCCACCUUCCAAUACAAUACAGAAGAUUAUUGCUGUAAAAGAUGCGAUGCGUGAUGUUGAAAAUUUCUUACAGCAAGUGAAUGUUGCACUUCUCAAAAUACGUUCUGUUUUCCUCUCUGGCCAUCCACAGAUAACCACUGAGGUUGCACUAGUCCUGUUAGCUUCUGCAACUGCUCUUCUUGUUGUGCCAUUCAAGUACAUCCUUUCUUUUCUUCUCUUUGACUUGUUCACGCGGGAGCUUGAGUUUCGGAGAGAAAUGGUUAGGAAAUUCAUGAAGUUUUUAAGGGAGCGUUGGAAUGCAGUGCCGGCUGCCCCAGUAUCGGUUUUACCAUACGAAAAUGAAGAAUCAAGAUCACAGAUUUACUUAAAGGAGAGCAAUGACCAAUCAAAAUCACAAGAAAAUAAUAUCAGUGGUAAGUCCAGUAGAUAGUAUCACUAGUUUCCUGGCUGCCUAAGGAAAAUGUGAAGAUGUAAAUUUUGUUUGAUUUUUUUGUAAAGAAAAAUAGAAAGUUUGUGUGCUAGCUUAGUUAUAUUUUGGAUUUGCUACAUAAAAUGCUUGAGUUGGAUAGUACUCUUUUUUAACUUGUGUUUCAUAGGAUUGAAGAAAUCAAUAAUAUAUGGUUUAUUACAAUUGAGGAUU